ACUUUACUUGUACAGAUAUUUACAAGUCGCAUCCUCCUCCCGUAAUUAAGUUGAAAUAAGUUGCAUUGUUUUAAAAAUACGUUACGUUACAUUACACAGGAGGACGAACUAAUAAAAUCCAGACCAAGAACUUGAUGUACAUACACACUUACUACUCAAUCAAUGCGGUGCAAUGUACAUAAGCAGCAAAUUCCAUGUGUAUAAUUUGGCAAGAGCUUCUUUCCGUGUUUCGUGAGUAGUGAAGUGGUAGAAAGAAGUUUGCUUUGGUUGUGGGAAACUGGAAAUCAGUUCCGUCAGUUGCAAGUUGCAGUUUAUGUGGAGCAGUUGGGUUGUGGACGAACGGGUCUUUAUACAUAUUGCUAAAAUCGAGUUUCUCCCUACUAAAAGGGAAAGUUUGGGGAAAGUUUGCGUCAUAAAGAAGUAAUCAUAAAACGGCGAGUGGCCAAGUGUACAUGUAAUAGUUUUAAACACAAAUAAAUUGAAUUUUGCAUAGGCUGUGGUGCGGUCAAAUUCCGACUCAUUUUUAAUUCAGAGCUGUUUUACCAGUGUAUCGAUUAGGAAGCAGUCUCAAUUUUGUAGAGAGUGAUCCGUGCCAGAAGGUUUUAACAAUAAAGAAGUGUUGUGUCAUUUGCAAACCAAAAUUAAGUGCCUCAAAGCAAAUUGAGUGAAUAAUAAUUAAUUGACAAUGGCAAGCAAAGUCGUACGUUCCGGAUCCGUAAGCGUUGAUCCGGAUCAGACGUUUAUCCUUGGAAUCGACAUUGGAACAACGUCGGUGAAAGUGUGCAUAGUUGAUACAGCUACGCGAGCAGUGGUGGCCAUACAGUCAAAAGAUACUCAAGCCAAUGUUCCAAGUGAAUGUGGAACUGAUGGGAACAAACAAGACGUACCAAAAAUCUUCGCUACGCUUCAUACUUGCGUGACAAGGCUGCCAAGAGAGAUGCUGAAACGCGUCGUGUACAUAGGACUGUGCGGUCAAAUGCAUGGCGUCGUGUUUUGGAAGAGAGGCGAAGGCUGGGAACUCGAUGGAGAGAAACGAAUCCCUAAAAACACAUCCAACCUUUACACUUGGCAGGAUAGCCGAUGUACUAAGGAUUUUCUGGCCACACUGCCCAAACCUGAUUCCCAUUUAAAUGUGCACAGUGGGUACGGAUGUGCCACGAUCUUUUGGAUGGCAAGGAACAAACCAGAGAAACUGGAGAAGUUUGAUAGGGCAGCUACGAUUCAAGAUUUCAUAGUUGCAAUGUUAUGCGAUCUCGACGUGGCUGUGAUGUCGGUCCAGAAUGCGGCCAGCUGGGGAUAUUUUAACACCCAAGAGAAAUCAUGGAAUACGAAGAUUCUAUCUGAAGCACAAUUUCCGACCCGGUUCCUUCCCGAGGUGGUUUUGGGAGGAGACUAUGCCGGCAAACUUACAGGGUCUGCAUGGCAUUUGAUUCCCGUGGGGACUGGAGUUGGUGCAGGGAUGGGAGAUUUUCAGUGUUCUGUCCUCUCAACGCUUCACCGCCCUGAUCAAGCAAUCCUUAAUAUCUCAACUUCUGCUCAGCUUGCUUUCGUAAUGAGGGAUGGAUUUGAACCAAAACUGAGCCCAGAGGCGGAUUCGUCGUCAAACAAUUUGGGACAUCAUGUCGAAUAUUUCCCGUAUUUUCAGGGCAAAUACUUAGCCGUAGCUGCUGCCCUGACUGGAGGAAACGCACUAGCCGCAUAUGUCAGGAUGCUACAACAAUGGGCUGUGGAAUUGGGAGCAAACGUACCACAAUCGAAAAUCUGGGAGAAAAUAUUGCAUGCCGGUGCGGAUCCAAGCACACGAUCCAAUUUGCACAUUGUACCCACCAUUUUUGGCGAAAGAUAUUCACCCGAUCAAAAUGCGAACGUUUACAAUAUCGAUCUUGGAAAUAUUUCCUUGGGCCAGGUGACGCGGUCUCUGUGUCGUGGAAUUAUUGCGAAUCUUCACGACAUGAUGCCGAGGUCCAUGUUGGAAGAAGCCGGAAUACGAUCUGUAAUUGGGAGUGGAUCUGCAUUAUCCAGAAAUAAAAUCCUGCAACAAGAAUUUCUCGAUAUAUUCCAACUGGACACACAGUUUGGGCAAGGAGGCGACGCCGCUUAUGGCGCUGCGCUGGCAGUGAUGAAAAAUUUGUAAAAAGUUGUCUCAAAAAUUUGAAGUGGUCAGCAGCAUUAAUUCCAGAUUCAGUAUUUCCAUUUCAAUUUGUAAAAUAAUACAGUUAAAUAUGUAUAUACGACCAUACAGUGUAUUAAGUAUUCAACUAUGUCACAAUGCGCUGGUAUGCAUUCAAUUGUCACACUACCAUAAAUAUUUAAAUAUUUAAUUAAUAAUUGAUAUUCAAUGCAACUUAUUUUAAAUGAAUCUUAUCUCCGACUGAAUGUAGGAAUGCAAUAGCAGUGGAUAUUCUCUUAUAAACUUGCCCUUUAAAAAUAUAUCCGAAAAAGUUCUUAUUUGCUAAUGCACAAUCACCUAAAAAUAUUAAACCUCGACCCUUAAAAUGACUUCACCUUGCACAGAUUUGGAGCUUAUAUAAAAUAUUAUUUAUUGUAGUGUUUUGCUCCAAUUUAAAUGUAAAUAACCCUGAAAGACUAAAAUGGAUCAAUUCAAAACGAAAAUGAUAAUUGUGUAAUGUAAUGUUAUGUAAUUCAUUAGACGUGAAAAGUUUCAUAAUUAUGCUUAACAAGCUUAAUGCAUAAUUCUUUUAAUUCAACGUUAACUAAAUUCUGGAAUUUUGUCAAAGAUUUACGACAUGACAUUUAUGCGGUUUAAAUUGCCACUGUCAUUGGUUAAAUUAAAUAUUCUGCACUAUAUUAAAACUCUGAUUAAGUAAUCUAUUCCAGGAAUAAAUUCAAAUUUAUUCAUACACA